GUCACUUUGCUGUACAGCAGAGAUUGGCACAACAUUGUAAAUCAACUAUACUUCAGUUUUUAAAAAUGAAGAAAAAAAGAGGGAGAGUCUACUAGAGACUUGUGUAGCCAGCUUUGGGGAGAGCUGCAUUAUCAGAAAUACACUGGGUACCUCACAUCCACACUGCACACAUUCCUUGACCCAUCUGUGCAUAUGUGGAUGAACAUUUGAAUUCACCUGUACACAGAAACCUAAGGAACUUUCCGAGUGUGUACAACCAAACACAAAGAGCUCUUUCGUUUCCAUAAUCAUUUGUUUCUAAAAAGCUGCAUUUAUAAAUAGAUUUUAAAACUAACAUGCUUUUUUACAGUGUAAUCAAUUUUUAAGCCUAUGUUCUCUAAAUGGACUAGUCAUUCCUGGAACUAGGCAUGCCUUAUUUAUUUCUGUGCCCCCAGAGACAAAUCCAGUGCCUGCGACUAUUAAGAUAUCUCAUAAAUGUUUGUCAAGCAAAGGCAUGAAUGAAUGAAUGAUCUUUUUAAAAACCACAGGAUUCCUUAAUGGUGAAGUUUCUCUGAAUCUAGUUUAGUGGCUAAUGGUUGUACACUGAGUGGGUGGCUGUAUAAGAGAGAACAUCUGUGUAAAUUCACAAGUGUGUGCCUAGUUAGUAGGGACAUAUGUAGACAAGGGGACAUGCAUGAGUGUGUGUGUGUUAAGUAAAUGAGCCUUUGCCAGGUGCCUGCACAUUCCUGCGUGAGUGAAUAUCAGUGUGUGGAUGAGCAUGUGAAGAGACAGAAGUGGCGAGCAGUGAGGGGGGCUGGCAGGAGAUAUCCCCCUAGAUGUAGCCCCAGCCUUGAAGGAGCCUGCACAUGCAAUGAAGGCACUAAGUGUGUGACAAAUGGCUUAAGAGUCUGCAAGUGUGGGGGUGGGAAGUGGGGUGAGUUUGUGAGCUGUUCCCCCAGGACUGGAUACCUAAGUGAUUCGGCCCCAUUCUCAUCCCAUCCCCCACCUGCCAGGACUUCCAUGAAGCUCCUGGCCUUACUCAGCCUGCUGGCCCUGAUGCUGCAGGAAGCAAGGACAGCAUCUCUCCCAAAGACGGAGAGGGAGAGGGAAGGAGACCAGCCGCACGGAGAAGGCGAUUCUUAUGCAGUUCUGCAACUGGGGGACUAUGUCCUGAGCCUAGACAACUACGAUCAAGUCAUUGACCUGAGCAACUAUGAUGAACUCACAGACUACAGGGACCAGCUCCCCAAGGUUAAAGGGACCAGCCUGGCUUCUCCAACCAGGACAAGUUUCUCUCAGAGCACAAGGGCUCCAAGGACACCCCCUUCAAACCCCACAAUGGCCAGGCCUACGACGCGGGGCCUGCUGGUUUCCCUGACCAGCCAUGGGCCAGGCCUGCCGACCUGUCUGAUCUGCGUGUGCCUUGGUUCCUCUGUGUACUGUGAUGAUGCUGACCUAGAGAACAUCCCUCCUCUUCCCCAGACAACCGCUUACCUGUACGCCCGCUUCAACCGCAUCCGUCAUAUUCGGGCUGGAGACUUCAAAGGGCUGACAAAACUGAAGAGGAUUGACCUCUCUAGCAAUUUCAUCUCCUCCAUCGAUGACGAUGCCCUUCUCCUGCUGCCUGCUCUGCAGGAUCUGAUCCUCCCUGAGAACAAGCUGGCAGCGCUACCUGUGCUGCCCACUGGCAUUGAGGUCCUGGACAUCCGCCUGAACCAGCUCCAGAGCUCAGGGAUACAGCCUGAAGCCUUCAGGGCGCUGGAGAAGCUGCAGUUCCUCUACCUGGCCGAUAACCUGCUGGACUCCAUCCCCAGGUCCCUGCCCCUAAGCCUGCGCUCACUACACCUGCAGAAUAACAUGAUAGAGACCAUGCAGAGGGACACCUUCUGUGACCCUGAGAGGCACAAGCACACGCGGAGGCAGCUGGAAGACAUCCGCCUGGACGGCAAUCCCAUCAACCUGAACCUCUUCCCCAGUGCCUACUUCUGCCUGCCUCGGCUCCCCACAGGCCGCUUCACCUAGCUCACCCCUUCCACUGCUCCCAAGUAAGAGCCCUUGGAGGACCACCAAGGGCACGGGCCUCCUGGGCCACAGGGCCCGAUCCCUGUCAGUGGUGUUUCAUCCCGGCACUAAUCAUCCUCAAGAUGCAAUUGCAAAACUCCACACACACCCCUCCCCCAACGCACACACGGAAAUGUCCUCCAGGAGCCAGAUUUGUAUUUCUCCAUCCUCUUUCCUGAACACCUUAUGGCGCCUGGCUCAGAGAAUAGCGACGUCUGCAGCAAAACUCUUUCCCAUAUCCCCCAUCCCUCCUACCCAUACAGAAUGCCAAGAAAAUCAUGUAAGAGGAAGAGGAGGAACAGAAAGAGAAGGAGGAAGUGGGGAGAAGCAGUGGCGUGCUGGAGCCAGCUCUUACUACUAGGCUCUCAAUAACUGAUCAUUAAAAUUUUCCAGAAUUUUGCAAACCAGUUGUUAAAUACAGCCAUUAUUAAAAACUAAAUUAUAUAAACUCACAAUUAGAUAUGUUGAAAACAAAUGUAAUAAAUACUCAAACUCAUCACUUCCCAAUUACUUUACUAUGUUUUACUAUUAAUCAUGUUCUUGAACUUACUUACGUCCACG